AAUCCUGUGCGUCAGUGGAACGUGCUGACGCAAGUAAUGUUUCUCGUCAUGACGCUGGGCAUGGCGGCCUCCUCUUCCUGGUAACGGUACCGGGGAGAGAGUGAAGGAAGUAGAUUCGUUUAUUUCUUCACUUUUUUUUUUUUAGCCAGCUUCUAGGAUGGCGGAUUUUGAUGAGAUUUACGAGGAGGAGGAAGAGGACGAAGAUGAAGAGCGGGCGCUGGAGGAGCAGCUUCUGAAAUAUUCACCGGACCCGGUGGUAGUGCGAGGAUGCGGACAUGUUACAGUGUUUGGUCUUAGCAACAAAUUUGAAGCAGAGUUUCCGUCGUCUUUAACUGGAAAGGUUGCACCGGAGGAAUUUAAAUCCAGCAUUAACAGAGUGAACGGUUGUCUUAAGAAGAACCUUCCGAUUAAUGUCCGCUGGUUAUUGUGUGGCUGUCUCUGCUGCUGCUGUACAUUGGGCUGCAGCAUGUGGCCGGUUGUAUGUCUCAGCAAAAGAACACGAAGAUCAAUUGAGAAGUUAUUGGAAUGGGAGAACAAUAGGUUAUACCACAAGCUGUGCUUGCACUGGCGACUGAGCAAAAGGAAAUGUGAAACCAAUAACAUGAUGGAAUAUGUCAUCUUGAUAGAAUUUUUACCAAAGACACCGAUUUUUCAACCGGAUUAGCAUUGUCUUUUUCUUUCUAAGGACUAAAUCAAGUAUCUCAUAUUUCCAAUGGUGCCUUGCUCGAUGCUUUCCCAGUGGUGAGACGGCGAUGACGGUUCUACUGAAUUCUGUGGCUUUUUUUCUGUUGAACUUUUUUUCCCUCCUUUACCUUUUUGUCCUCUGACAACAACCAAUACAGCUCUACUUAUGUAUUAUCUUGUAUCAUGACAUUUUAUUUCAUGGAAAUAUUUUUCCACACAAUGGUUUUGUAUAAAGAUUUCAUUUUUGUGUUUGUUUUUUUUCUUUUCACUCAGAGAAAGUUUAUCCUCUGAGGUC